CAGAUUUUUUCUUUUCUUCUUCUUCUCUUUCUUCUUCUUCGUCGUGCAAGAGAGAGAGAGAGAGAGAGAGAGAGAGAAAGAGAGCUGCAAUUCCUGCUCUGAAAUCAGAAUUCGGGGAAGAUGGGGAGCACGAGCGCUGCUCUCUUCCCUCAUAUGCACCUCAGCAACCACUACUUCAGCCCUCUUGCUUCCACGAGAAGAAGCGGCGGCGUGAGGCCGCUUUGCUUCGGUGGCUCUAGAAGAACGAGGUUGAGAUUGGACUUGAGCAGCUUGAGGGGUCGCAAAGGUAUCGGUGAAGCCGUUUGCUUUGCCUUUGAGGAGGGUGAUGGUGGGAAUAAGCAGCCCGAGUUGGGCACGAGCGGCAGCGUUGGCUCGGCCGUGGAAGAUAGACCCGGUGAGGUAGAUACCUUGAGGCAAGAGACCAUUGAGACCUUCAACCAAGAUGAUGGAAGAAGUCCCCUUUAUGAUCUUCUGUAUCCUGAUAAAGAGCUCCUCCCAGAUGACAAGGAAAUGAGUAUAUUUGAUCAUCUUGAAGAGCUGAGACAACGAAUGUUUGUGUCUGUUAUGGCAGUUGGUGCUGCUAUUUUGGGAUGCUUUGCUUUCUCAAAAGAGUUAGUAGUGAUUCUGGAAGCUCCCGUUAAAACACAAGGCGUUAGAUUUUUGCAACUGGCUCCUGGCGAAUUCUUCUUUACAACUUUGAAGGUUUCUGGAUACUGCGGUCUUCUCCUAGGAAGCCCUGUUAUUCUCUAUGAGAUCAUAGCGUUUGUUCUUCCAGGUCUAACGAGAUCAGAAAGAAGGUUCCUUGGGCCUAUUGUUUUAGGGUCUUCCGUACUUUUCUAUGCGGGCAUUGUGUUCUCCUACCUAAUUCUCACUCCAGCAGCCUUGAAUUUCUUUGUGAGUUAUGCGGAAGGGGCCGUCGAGUCACUGUGGUCCAUUGAUCAAUACUUUGAGUUUGUGCUAGUGCUCAUGUUCAGCACUGGACUAUCUUUUCAGGUUCCAGUAAUACAGCUCCUUCUAGGACAAGUCGGUCUAGUAACCGGAGACCAAAUGCUGUCCAUUUGGAGAUAUGUAGUUGUAGGUGCAGUCGUAGCUGCUGCUGUAUUAACACCAUCAACAGAUCCUCUUACUCAAAUGCUGCUGGCAGGACCUCUUCUCGGACUCUACUUGGGCGGCGCAUGGGCAGUUAAGCUCACAGGGCGGUGAACUUUAUGUGCUCACAACUUUACUGGUGUGUACGAUCAGAGAGUGCAUGGCAUCUGCGACUACCCCAAAGGAUGUACUUGAAAAUAGCUGGUAGUGAAGCAUUUAUGUACAAAUUUACUGAUCGGUCUUCGUGUUCGAGGGUUUUGUAUUCUUUUACACUAGUGAUAGUGGGAUACUGUUCCUCGUUUAUAGAGGAGCAUUUUUAAUACA